CCUCACUUGGACUGUCCGAAAUUGUUCAAUCAAGUCGAUCCAAGGUAAUUUGCCUAUUCAUUUCAUUUACAUGCCGUUUUGUAGCAGCACAGUCAACAAUAUCAUGGCCGUCGAGAUUCUGGGGUCCCAACUGACGUUGAAUUACGAAUGGAUGUUGGAACACGUCGAGAAAACCACCACCGUUUUAUCCAAAGUGAUUCUCUUUCACGGUGAGAAAGUCUUCCGUUUGUGCUUGAAGAACACGACGACGUCCAAGAAUCCCAUCUUGAUCUUCUUGGUGGCCAAUCUCAACAAACUCGGAUUGAGAGUGCGAGAGGUGACGUACAGCAAACAAGAUCUCGAAUCCACCCAGAGAAUGAAAGAAGGAGAAAUCAAGAGGACCAAAGACGCCGGUGAAAGUUUGCAGUUGUUCACCAUCGACCUCACCGAAAUGCCCGCUGGCAAAUGCACAUUCUACUUCUCGAUUUGCAUCGAUGGAAGCGUUCCGGCUCAUUCUUACCACUUGUCCGACCGCCUGGCCAAGGAGCAAUUGUGGAGUGCCUCUUCCGACAGCCAACAUCACGUCGAUGUCGAAUUCGCCGUCAAAGACCAGCGAUUUUCAGCCCACCAGGCCAUUCUGGCCGCUCGCAGUCCCGUCUUUGCGGCCGAAUUCACCAAAGAGAAGCCGGGACGGAAGGACGACGAGGGUCCCCUGCAGAUCAUCCGAAUCGACGACGUGGAACCGGAAAGUGUCGAGCAAUUCCUGCACUUCCUGUACACGGGAGAGCCGGUAUUGUCGUCGUUGGCUAAUGAAGAGCUGCUCAAAUUGGCUGAACGUUACGAGCUCAAGACUCUGAUCGACUUGUGCCGGACGGCCUUGACCAAUAUCGAUGUCCAGCAGAUGAUGAGCUGCAUGUCUAGUCUCAAUCCGGAAGCCACAACAAUGCAUGAGGAAACACAUUUCUUCGAUCCUGUCCACAUAAGGCCGGAUAAGGAGACGGAAAUUUUCCAUGAUGACGCAACGUCCGUCUUUCAGUGCCGCUGGGAAACUGCGCUCGAUUCAACCGCAUUGACACCCAAUGUCAUCAUCGACUAUCAAAACGAAAAAUUAUUUGCGCCCCACUUGACUGGGAAAAUCCUGUUCAGCAAACGAAUCGAGAAUCCGUGGAUUCAUUUGAUUUGCGUCAAUCAUCGCAACUUUGGUUUGAAAGCCACGGGCGCUUUUUGUUCCACCGAUUACGGCCGGACGUGGAUGAAAAUGAAACCCAUGAGGGCCGAUAACGUCGAACUGUUUCUCUUCGUGGCUCAAGCGACCGAAACGUUUUACACUUGUAAUGUUCAUUUCCGCAUCGAGAUGACCAGCACCAUUGAAAAUUAUCACUACGACAUGAUGGACACGUCGUGGACGACCCAGCUGUGGCAGGCCGCUUUAGACCAACAGCUGACGGAUGUUGAAAUAUUUAUCGGAUCCAUUAAGCUGGAAGCCCACCGAGUUGUACUUUCCGCUCGUAGUCCCGUAUUGAGUGUGUUGCUGGACAGCAUCGAUCACGUCAAAUCGUCGGUUGCCAUUGAAGAGAGUAUGGAUGUUGACGUUGUGAAACAUUUUUUAAAAUUUUUGUAUACCGGAUGUUUAGAGAUGUCCGCCACCAACAAGCAACUACUUGAACUGGCCGAAAUGUACGAAGUGAAUGCACUCGUCAAAAUUUGCCAGCUAGCCAAUUGCAUUUCUCCGGAUGUCACAUGUAAACUCGAUGCCCUACCAAGCAGGGUCGACGUCUCCGACAAACCUGCUGUCACCUUUGAAAUGGAUAUUGAGGUCGUGAAGAACUUUUUGGCAUUUCUCAGUAUGGGCUCGUUGGAUUCAAGCGUACAUAUUAGACAGCUGACUGCGUUGGCGGAAAUGUACGAAGUGGAAACCUUGAAGAAAAUUUGCCAAUUCAAUAAUAGCGUUGCUAUUGAUACCGAUGAAGUUACCACCUUCCUUCUUACCCCUUUUUAAUUUGGAAAAUGUUUCUUAAAAUUUUCGUAGCAUUUUUGAACUCGGAUAAGAUUUUAUUCGGCGGAGAAUUUCGAAAGGCUGGUAUGAUUGUAUAAAUUCAACUACUUC